CGAGAUGUUUGAUAGUGCAACUUCGUCAUUCGGGAUGGGGCGGUCGAGUGGUAUCAAGGCGGUGAGGGACGUGAUGAACGCUAUCUUGUCCGUGUAUCCUGACAAGAUACAGAUGUCGACCGGUCGCCGGUUGCUGCAGGUUACACGAGCGUUUGCAGCAAAGGGAUUCCCAAAUUGUUUUGGUUGCAUGGACUGCAGUCAUGUGUACGUCGACAAGCCAGCAAAUGCGCUAGUGGAAAACUAUUUCGAUCGAGAGCAGCAAUACUCCGUCAUUGCUCAAGUCAUCGUCAACCUCGAUAUGCGUGGGCUGGAUGUUUAUGUGGGGUAUUCAGGCAGCAUCCACGACGCCAGGGUUUCAAUCAAUUGGUCGCAGCUCUAUAGACGUGUGGAAGCUGGUACAUUGUUCUUGGCAGAUGCGGUGGACCUACGAUACGGGGUGCGAACGAGGGGGUACGUGCUUGCGGACAACGGCUAUGGACCCUUGCCCUGGCUUGUAGUGCGUUACAGUGGUGUAGUGCAACCUCCCAACGAGACGAAUUUCGACACGUAUCACAAGUCAUCACGGAAUGUUGUCGAACGAGCAUUUAGGAGACUGAAGGGGAUGUGGCGGCUGUUUCUGUGCCACCACAAGACAAACAUGGAGAAUCUGCUCCAGCAAGUCACCGACGUUCGUAUUUUGCACAACUUGCUGAUCGAGGCUGGCAUCGAAUUUGACGAGCGUCUGCUCGUUGACAGGGACUCCGACGGCAACAAGCGCCCCAUCGAUCUGGGUAUGCAUGAACCCCCCACCCGUGUGUCGGAAGAUGAUGCCACCGAUGGCGCCCUUGCAUUUUGCGCCGCACUUAGCUAUCGAAUGCAUCCAGUUAUGGCUUGACGAUGGUGGGCGUUGUCCCUUUCCCGGGCUGAACCAUGUUUGCAGUUUCCGGUUAGCAUGGGGUCGACGAAGUUUUUGCUGCCUGUUGGGAGUGGCUUCUGCGGGUGUGAUCGGAUGGGCACGGGGGGCGUGGUUGGGGGGUGGUGUUGGCUAGUCCUUCGUUGGACUGUACCUGGAGCCACCCACCAUCGUUUGGGAAUCAUGCAAGACAAUCCUUUCGUUUGCCGGCGAAAGUAAUCAAUGCUUGCACAUUGA